CUUACAGAUUUACACCGCUUAUGUUUUUUCGUUUUAUAUAUUUAAUUUGUAUACAUUCAAAAGAAACCAAUUCAAUAUAGUUUAUCAAGUUGUUUUAAACAUUUUGGUUGGAUAAACGAAACGUUGUACUGAAAAACACUGUAGGUUUAUUUGUCCAUAAAGUUCUGUAAAAUCAUUGGCAAAAAACAAUGAAAAACGAUUACUUUUCAGAUCAAUUUUGCGCAUGUGAUGAUUUUACUCAGCUUGGUUUAGUUCAAGCGUGUUUUGUUGAAAAUGAACAAUGAAAAAUCUAACCACAAUGGAAAUAACAGCUAUAACAGUAAUGUUCUUUCUGAAAACAACAACAACAAUAUUCUGAGUGGAAACCCGGGUAAUUUACGAGAAAUUGUGAAAAUGCAACCCAAAAAUCAUAGAUAUUUGCGAUACUCGUCUUUAGCCAUUCUUGCGAUCCAAAAUGCGACCCUAGUUCUUAUCAUGCGAUAUGCCCGCACAAUGCCGGGCGAAAAGUUCUACGCGACAACAGCGGUUGUCAUGGCGGAAGCAGUUAAAUUAGUCGCUUGUUUCUUUAUUAUUUCAUACAAUGAAGGCGGUGUCAGAGGUCUAAUUCGAGAGCUGGACCGAAAUAUUAUCAAUGCACCUAUGGAUACCCUAAAAGUGGCAGUUCCUGGACUUAUUUACACAUUCCAAAAUAAUCUGCUCUAUGUUGCAGUUUCUAAUUUACCAGCAGCCACAUUUCAAGUUGUAUAUCAGAUCAAAAUUUUAACGACUGCCCUCUUUUCGGUUAUAAUGCUGGAUAAGAAGUUAUCAAUUAUGCAUUGGUUUGCGCUAGUUGUUUUAACAACAGGAGUAGCGAUGGUUCAAAUUGAAACUACUUUAACUAAAGAUACUUCGAAAGACGAUUUGAACUCGAAUCAGAAUCCAAUUUUGGGUUUCGUAGCUGUGUUAAUAGCGUGCUUGUCAUCAGGAUUUGCAGGAGUUUAUUUCGAAAAGAUUCUAAAAGGAUCUCCUGUUUCAACUUGGUUGAGAAAUAUCCAGCUUGCCAUUUUUGGAAUUGUUUUAGGAAUGAUAGCUGUUUAUAUUAACGACGGUGCCAACGUGCUAGCUUUUGGAUUCUUUCACGGAUACAAUCAAUAUACAAUCAUGGUCAUCCUAAAUCAAGCACUGGGCGGACUUGUUGUUGCAUUUGUAGUUAAGUAUGCAGAUAAUAUUUUAAAAGGGUUCGCAACCUCAAUAGCAAUCAUCAUUUCGUGUGUGUGCUCUAUAUUUCUAUUCAGUUUCGAAGUGUCGGCCGUUUUUCUAAUGGGUGCUACGCUUGUUAUUGGUUCUGUAUGUCUCUACAGUAGUCGGUGAUGAAUAUAAUUUAAUUCAAAAUUUGCUCAAAAGGACCAAUCACUAAUAAUAGUAUGACGAUUAUCAAAUACUUGGAAUUUAAUUAAUUUUUCUUUUGCAUUUGAGUAAUUUAUGUGAUCACGGAUUUUGAAGAGUUUUGAUAAAUUGACAUUUUAGAAAAAAAAAUUUGAUCGAAACCUUCGCGUGGAUAAGAGCAGUCACAGAUCUGGACCUUCAUU